GGGAAAAAUUGUUUGGUCUGUUCAGUCGAAAUUGGUUAGCUAAAGGUCUAUUUGUUUGUUGGUAUUUGUUAUAGACUCUGUCAAUGUAGACUCGUUCUUUCAGGUUUUCGCUUGUAUUGGUUUGUCUUCUUGUUGUGUAGCGGACUGCAGCCACAGAAGUUUUGACAUUAAAUUUUGGCUCUCUAUGUACUGCUCAAAUGUCAACUAUUGGUCAAUCUUAAACUGUAGAAGUGUGUUAUUUCGCGUCUUCUACACCAUAACGUUACUAAAUUACAUUUAAAUCCUGUCAACCGAGCUCCGUGUUGUCGCCGAACUCUUAAAUAAUUGACUAGCAAUUCAUUCUGCUUUCAUUGCUCUCCAGCAAAUGCGCUCACAGGAUACGACGUGAAUUACUAAAAUGCACUUUUCUAUUCGGCCUAGGCAUAAUCCAAUCAUCUGUUUUUUUUAAAAUAAAGUUUGGCACAUAAAGACGGACCCAGGCUAAUUCAACAUGGGAAGUAAAUAAGCGAGAGAAGUGAAGUAUUUCGUAAACAAACUAAACGUGAUGGCCAAUAUCUCCCCCCUGUUCCCUUGGACGAGCUUUCUACCUUUGUUUUUUUCCCAGAGCUGUGUCUGUCUGACUGUAGAGCCCAUUGGAGUAGGCUAUAUCAGUGUGUAAGUGCAGGAGGGGCUGUCCGGUUACAAGCACUGAGCUUCUGACCUCGUUUUCUUCAGCCAAGCAUGGAAGAUAACGAUGAAGAGGAAAGCUGCAGUAUAUACCCAAGCCCGGUUCCACUCAAGGUCGGGAUGCACCAGUUUGUGGCGGAAAGGACGGAAGCCAAUAUGUGGACGGCUGUGCUUGUUGGAGCUGUGACAGUUGUUUCUGUCGUUGGAGUUGUUGUGUUCCUUCUUUACAGAAGAUACAAACUGUCAAAGGAGGAGGCUGGCGUUCCUCACUAUCGCUUCAGGAAGAGAGACAAAGUGAUGUUCUAUGGCCGAAAGAUCAUGAGAAAGGUUCAGACGUUGUCCUCAGCCCCUGCCUCUAAUUCUAACUCAGCUUCCCGGCAGAGAGUGAGGAAGAGGACCAAAGUCCUGUCUAUAGCUCGCAAGAUCCUGCGCAUCCGGAAGGAGCCCCCCACCCUGCAGCCCAAGGAGCCUCCUCCCUGUCUGCUGGAGGCUGACCUGACUGAGUUUGAUGUGCAGAACUCCCAUCUGCCCUCUGAGGUGCUGUACAUGCUGAAAAAUGUCAGGGUGCUCGGCCACUUCGAGAAGCCUCUUUUCCUGGAGCUGUGUCGUCACAUGGUGCUGAUCCAGCUGCACCAGGGAGAGGGACUCUUCCGACCCGGUGACACUGAUGACAGUAUUUACGUGGUUCAAGAUGGCCGCCUGGAGCUGUGCAUCCACGAGAGUGAUGGUACAGACGCUGUGGUGAAGGAAGUUUUACCAGGAGACAGUGUUCACAGUUUGCUUAGUAUCCUGGACAUCAUCACUGGCUAUCCAGCACCUUACAAAACAGUGUCUGCAAGAGCUGCAGUUCCCUCCACUGUCCUCCGUCUUCCAGCUGCAGCCUUUCAGUCAGUCUUUGAGAAGUAUCCUGAAACUCUGGUCCGUGUCAUCCAGAUAAUCAUGGUGCGUCUCCAGAGAGUGACCUUCCUUGCCUUACACAACUACCUUGGCCUGACCACUGAGCUCUUCAACCCGGAGAGCCAAGCCAUCUCCUUGGUGUCGGUUGCCCAUGUUCUGGGUGAGGCUCAUCCACACAGAGGCCUCCGCAGGCAGCCUUCCCACUCUGAUGAUAUGGGCUCCGAAAAAGCUGAUCCAGAAAAGUCCAGCCUCUCUGACGUGUCGACAUCUAAAUACAAGAAAUCUCGCUCUCUCUCCACCCCAAUCGCUGUUACAGGUGAAAUGUCAGUCGACCUCAACAGAGAAUAUGAACGGGCUAGAGUUGCCAAAGAGGAGACUGUGCCUCACAGUCCUGUGAAGUCUAUUCUAAAGAAGACUGUGACAAUGCAGCACACUCCAUCUGCUGUUUACCACUAUAGUGAUGCUGGAGGAGGAAAUGUCCACCAUAAUAAAGUUAAUGCCAUUUUCCAAGCUGCCAAAAAGGAUCUGCUGCAGGUCAUCCAAAUAGAGGACCCCAAUCUGCUGGAAGGGAGGGUUAAUCUCCGCCAGGUCAAAGCCGGCUCUGUUGUGGCCCACCAGGGAGACCAGGAUGUGAGCGUGGCGUUUGUCAUCUCUGGGUUGCUCCAUGUUUACCAGCGUAUGAUAGACCGUGAGGAGGAUACCCUGCUGUUUGUCACCCACCCAGGGGAGAUGGUGGGUCACCUGGCAGUUCUCACGGGGGAGCCCCUUAUCUUCACUGUCCGAGCUCACAGAGACUGCACCUUCCUCUCCAUAUCCAAGGCCCACUUUUAUGAGAUGAUGCGCGAGGAGCCCAGGGUGGUGCUGAACGUAGCUCACACUGUGGUGAAGAGGGUGUCACCAUUUGUCAGACAGAUUGACUUUGCCCUGGACUGGAUGGCUGUGGAGGCUGGCCGUGCCGUCUACAGACAGGGAGACAAGUCAGAUAGCACCUUCAUCGUCCUCAGUGGGCGACUGCGCUCUGUCAUUGCAAAGGAUGAUGGGAAGAAAGAGCUGGCUGGAGAGUAUGGUCGUGGGGAUCUAAUUGGUGUGGUUGAGGCCCUGACCCACAUGAACCGAGCCACCACGGUCCACGCUGUCAGGGACUCCGAGCUGGCCAAGCUACCUGAAGGAGCUCUGAACUCCAUCAAGAGGAAAUAUCCUCAGGUUGUCACCAGGCUGAUUCAUCUGCUGGGACAGAAGAUCCUGGGCAACAUGCAGCAGGUCAAUGGACCUUUGGCAGCUCGUAGUCUGGCUCUCAACACCCCCACCAGUAAGUGGGAUGCUGGGAAUCCAGCCUCCAACCUGUCCACUGUGGCCAUCCUGCCUGUGUCCGAGGAGGUUCCCCUCACUGCCUUCACUCUGGAGCUGCAGCAUGCACUCAGUGGCAUCGGCCCCACGCUACUGCUGACUAGUGACAUCAUCAAACAGCGACUAGGCUCUGCUGCUCUGGACAGUGUCCAUGAGUACCGUCUGUCCAGUUGGCUUGGGCAGCAGGAAGACAUCCAUCGCAUCGUCCUCUACCAGUCUGACUCUGGGCUCACGCCUUGGACCCAGCGCUGCAUCCGCCAGGCUGACUGCAUCAUCAUUGUGGGACUGGGUGAGCAGGAACCCACUGUGGGUGAGUUGGAGCGGAUGUUGGAGGGCAGUGCUGUCCGUGCUCAAAAGCAGCUGGUGUUGCUGCACAGGGAGGACGGCCCGCCGCCCAAAGGGACAGCCGAGUGGCUGAACAUGCGGAGCUGGAUCUCCAGACACCAUCACCUGUCCUGCCCCCGCAGAGUGUUCUCCAAGAGGAGUUUACCUAAGCUGAUAGAGUUGUACCAGCGUGUGUUUGAAAAGUGUCCAGAUCGUCAUUCUGACUUCUCUCGUCUGGCCAGGAUCCUGACAGGAAACAGCAUCGCCCUUGUGCUGGGUGGAGGGGGCGCCAGGGGCUGCUCUCAGGUCGGCAUCCUGCGUGCGCUCAAUGAGGCAGGGAUCCCUAUCGACAUUGUGGGCGGCACCUCCAUCGGCUCCCUCAUGGGAGCACUGUAUGCUGAGGAGAAGAGCAACAGUCGCAUGAGGGUCCGGGCUCGUGAGUGGGCCAUGGGUAUGACCUCUUACUUUAAGAAGAUCUUGGAUCUGACCUACCCUGUUACCUCCAUGUUUUCUGGAGCUUCCUUUAACUCCAGCAUUAGCUCUGUCUUCAAGGGCAAACAGAUAGAGGACCUGUGGCUGCCGUACUUCAACAUUACAACAGAUAUCACAGCUUCCUCCAUGAGAGUUCACACUGACGGUUCAUUGUGGCGGUAUGUCCGGGCCAGUAUGUCACUGUCUGGUUACCUGCCGCCUCUCUGUGAUCCCAAAGAUGGACACUUACUCAUGGAUGGAGGGUACAUCAACAACCUGCCUGCCGAUGUGGCUCGCUCCAUGGGGGCCAAGGUUGUGAUUGCAAUUGAUGUUGGAAGUCGGGAUGAAACCAACCUGACCAACUAUGGUGACUCCCUGAACGGCUGGUGGCUGCUGUGGAAACGCUUCAACCCUCUGGCUGAGAAAGUCAAGGUCCUGAACAUGGCAGAGAUCCAAACCCGGCUUGCUUACGUCUGCUGUGUGCAGCAGCUGGAACUGGUCAAAGACAGUGAAUACUGCGAGUACAUUCGGCCGCCCAUUGACCACUACGGCACGCUGGAGUUUGGCAAGUUCGAUGAGAUUGCUGAGGUGGGAUACCAGCACGGAAAGACAUUGUUCGAUGUGUGGCAGCGCAGUGGCGUGGUGGACAGCAUGCUUAAGGACAGACAUCAGGAGGAGUUCCACAAGACCAAAACUGGCCAUGUGGUCACCUGUCCGAAUGCCUCCUUCACUGACCUGGCAGAGAUAGUUUCGAGAAUCGAACCUGCCAAGAAUGCCUUAAUCGAUGAGGAACUGUCUGAUGAAUACCAGACAGACUAUGAUGAGGAGGCGGUGGAAAGCGCUCUGUCUGACUUUGAGGCAUUCACCCCUGGCAGUGAAUACACUGAGGGAGAGGAGACGGCAGACACUGCUGAAACAGAUGAGGAAAUUCAAAUCCGAGCUCGACGCCGGCCGAAGAAUGCCCCACAAAGUCCUAGGCCAUGAUAUCCAUCAAAGCCGUGACUGCCUGUCAGGGUUGCUGAACAUGGUCCACAACACACACAUUUCAAUGCAGUAUUUCUGGUAACCUUUGAUAAAUUCACUGAUUUUGCAUUACUAACAUGUAGCGGAUACUCUUAUCCAAUGAGUAAGCUCAGUGUCUUGCUCAAAGACACAAAACUGUUGAUGGAUACAGUGACUUCUCGUUAGGCUCAAAUCUUUCAGCAAAGGGAAGUAGUUUUUAUUUUAUUUUUUAUUUUUUGGAGUGAAGAGCCUCAGUGUGUCUCAUUUUUGGCCGCACUUUGUAAAAAGAGUCAAUGGUUUAAACAGUUCAGUAACAACUACGGUUCCCACUUGUCAUGGAAUUCCUAAAACGUCAUGCUUCUGGGACAUGUGUAUUCCAAACAGGGAAAAUCUAUGAAGUCUGUCCGUUCUCUUGGGGAAGUCAGGGAAUAGCAAAGAAUUUUACAAAUCGGUUAAUUUACAGGAAUACAGCCGUGUUUAGGUUGUUUUUUUUUUUAGCUUGUUUGACACAUUCAUUGAAUUGUAUGGCAGUCUCUCGCUCUGUCAUAGUUACGGAAAAACGGAACAUUUAUGGAAUUGUACCACCAUGAGCCUUGAAAAUCUUGAAAAGAUUUGUAUUUUCAUACAAGCACACCACGCACAACUAAAAAUGCACUAUAGUCUUUCAACAGAAUAUUUCAUAAUAUGCAGUGCCACUUUUUGGGACAGUUCUAAGUAUAGCUGGUUCCUACCAUAAUAAGCUGAGAUCCAUAAAGCACUAUAAUGCAUUUCAUAAUGUUUACAUAUAAGUUAAAACAGUAAAUAUAUACGUUUUAUGUGCCUAUAGUGCACUUCAAGUGUUACCCUCAUGUCUGUCCAAUGAUGAAGGGAUUUCUCGUCUUUCAGAGUAGUUAUAUCUGCACACCAUAGGUGUGACAAAUGUCAACAGUGAACAGUGACUAUAAUAAGCUUUGCCAUACAUGCAAAAUCACUCACAUCAGAUGUACGUAUAUCAUGAAUGUAUUUCUUACAUGGAGCCUGACUAUGUACAAAACAUAUGAGACUCUCUAUUUUCAUGGCAGUGCAAAGACUAGUGCAAGCAGCAGUACAAUAUUUUGAUAUUUUGUAAUUAUUAUUAUUACUAGUAGUAUGCAUAAUAAAAAAUGCUUGAUUUUUUUUGUGUACUUUGGAUGUACACUAAAUGCAAUACACAAAGGAAAUGGAGGAGCUGCUCACAGCUGGAAGAAAUUAAAAUGAUUGUGGAUGACAGUGAAGUAGCUCUAGAAACACCUCAGAAAACAAAAAAGAAGUAUUAAAUCUUUGGAAACGCAUUUGCUGUUUCUUUGGGAAGCUGGUAGUUGCAUUCUUAAGUCGCAGGUUAAUUGACAUACAUCAGCCAAAAAUGAUGUCAUUUCCUCACCUGUUCAACACCAUAAAGUUUGUUGAUUUUUGUAUACUAACUGCACAGUGUUUACAAUGACAGUUAGCAUGUAGUAUGAAUUGGAACACAGCAUUUAACUGCAGGAAAAGCACAGGUGUAACCAAAUACAUUAAGGAUGGGUCUGGCAGAGCCCUGGAACUAGCAUAACUAAUUGGGAUGCCCACAUCGUUAAUGUUAUUCAUUACACCUGUGCUUUUCACAUUAUGACAUGUCAAAAUAUCUGCUGUGAAAGAGGUCUAUUUUAAGCACAAAUUCAACAAUGGAGGGAAAUAAGGCAACCAGAAAAAUGUAGCAUAUUUUUUACAUACUACUUUUAUUGUGGCCUUCAGCAGUCACUGGCUGAGAGUAUUUUAUCACCACACAUUUUCAGGUUCAUAUUCCACUUCACCCAGCCUUUUUGCACACAGGACUCUGUGCCAGUAUGAACCAAAAAAGCCCACACACACACACACACACACACUGACCUUGCACACAUGACCAACCACUUUGUGCUGGUCUUUGCAACUGUACCAUGAAAAUAGAGUACACAAGUGAACUAGCCUUAAUGUUCAGAUUUCCUCUUUUUAUAUCAGGUAUGGUUACUGAACUUGGAUAAAAGUUAGUAAAUUAGUUGACACCUUUCAAGUUUUUGUUACCUGAGGACAGAGUACUGGGACUCACUCUGGUAUUACUGAACCUACCACUCAGUUCUUCAUGCAUCUUUAUAUGGACAGUACCAGAUAACAGACAACCAAACAACUUAAAAGCAUGACUUACUGUUGGUGGUUUGUAAUACAUGUACAUCUUGUGCCUGGACUUUUAUGUUCAAGCUGUAUGAUAGAAUGAGAGUCAUAGAACGUGAUCAUUAUUAUAAGUGUGAUCAGAAUUUAGACACAGACCUACCUAACACUGGUACUAUACUAAAACUAGUACCUGCCAGUUAAUCCUGCAUGAUGCUUUUUAUAGCUGCCAUUUGUCCUUUUAAAGUCACCAUAGUUACAGAGCUCCUGUGGCAUUGACUCAUUGUGAUUCAUUGUUUUAAGUUUUUAUGACUGAAAGGCGAAAACGGUAAAGUGUUAUGAGUAUAGUGGCUUUCAGAAUUAUCUAAAUACCAUGUUUUUAGUAUUGGGUGAUGCUAAUGUUAAUGAGUUUGUGUUAAUAGGGAGUAGUUACCACUAUGUUAGAAUAUUUUCUGUUAGACAUUGCUGUUGAAAAACUGAAAUCCUUAUUUUCAUUUUUUUUUGUGACUUAUUAUUACCGGUUACAUAGUUUAACAGAAUAAUGUAGAAUGAUUUAGAAUAUGUAAUUAUGAAUAUUUAGUGAACAAACUGGUGGGUAAUAGUAACACAUGAAGUAUUUGAUAGAAAUGUUUUUCUUUAAGCUGUGCUGUUGUGAAAGCCAAACGUAUGGAAAAACUCAAUUAAAGCAUCCAUAAGAUUAGUUAUUUUGUGGAAUAUACAAUUGAGAUGAAACUGUUUGUUGCCAUGUUAAAAUAAAAUAUGUUGCCAUGUUAAAAUAAAA